AACAUGUUUCACCCACACUGGAGUCUCAUUUGGACCCUUCAUAGAUUUAGUAAUGUUGUAACUGCCGUUAAUGUGUUAGAGCUGGACUCUGCUGAUGAUGAUGGUGGAGGUUUCAUGUUUGCGAGGGCGACCAUCGGGUUCCUGAUGAACAAAGCGCUUCAUAAGCUCCUCGGUUUCUGUCUGAAGAGUCCUCCUGGAUCCAAACAUCUUCCGCCCGCUGUGCCUGAAUGCUCGCAGGUUCAGAAACACUUUCAGACGUCCUCUGUAUGUGUGUCUACGCGUGAAACUGAGGGUCAGUGUGGUCGUGCUGGAAGGUGUACCAAGGAUGUCGGAGAGGUCGCAGUGGGAUCGCUGACAUCAUCCUUCCUGUGAUUACCAAACUUCCCCCAGCUGUGGGCUUCAGGCCCGUGCAGCCAUGAAGGCUCGGACGCUUCCUCGUUUGCUUGGUGAUUUUCUAGAAACCCUGAAAUGUGCCAGCGUUUGCAGAAAACACGGACCAGCUUCCUCUUCGGCUGUAAGUCGGAGCUGCUAGAAAGAUCAGGAAACCAGAGCCGAGUCCUCAGCUGGGAACGUUGGACGCGUCCACCAUGGCUCGGGUCGCCCUCCUGUGUCUGCUCGCGUCCAUCGGGCGCUGCGUGGGUCAGAGGAUCCUGUCAGAAAGCUCCGUGCACGCAGGUGUCGGAAGCAACGUGACGCUGAAAACGCCGAUUCAGGACCUGCAGAGCUCGGCUCUGUUCUGGCACUUCUAUGAUGGGAAGGAGAUCAUAACCGUUGCCUCAGUGAGCUCCUCCACGCUCAGACUGAACACGUCCUACGAGGGCAGAGCGUGGAUUAAUGCAGCCAACGGCCACCUGACCCUGGGCGCGCUGACGCAGCAGGACAGCGGGGAAUAUAUCAUCACCAUCGUAUACAAACACGGUCAGAGCGACGCCGCAAAGAUACGCCUCACGGUGUCAGGGAGCCGGCACGGGGGAAAUCCACGCACUCGCUCUUCACUCGUCACAUGUGGAGGCUCAGUUCUCAGCACGUACAGCCAAACCGUGUCAGGGCCAGGUGUGGCGGUCCCAGCUGCAACAAUGACAUCUCCACCCACCGGCACCACCCCCACGCCAGCGCUCCCUGAGCAGAUCACAGAUUACUUUGUGUCUCUGGUUGUGUGUGUGGUUGUGAUCGUCGUGCUGUCGGCUGGGUUCCUGCUGCUCCUCUACAGAUGGAUGGAGAACAGGAAAAACAGGAAAUCAGAUGGAAGACAGGUGGAGUUACCUGCAGCCCAGCAGAAGAGCAGAGCUCCAGGAUCCACAUGUGACUCCACCUAUGAGACCAUGACUCCAGCCCCCACAGACCAGGACCACAUCUAUUCAACCCUCACCGACAUGCAGUACAUGUCACAUGUGCGAUUCAGUCAGACGGACACAAUUUCCUGCAAAUCAGUAACAUCCCAGUAAAAUCCUGAAAUGUUUCCAUCACAAACUCAUCCACAGAUACGUCUGUGAUGUUUAUAACUGUAUAACUAUAAACAUCAGUUAUAAUAUUUAUCAUUUUCAAGUUUUUUUUAUUUCUGUAUGUUUGUUAUCACUUCAGUUUAUAAGCCCCGCCUCUCUGAGCUGUGGGUGUAAAUGAAGGCUAACCCCUGAACUUUGUCCUCUUGCUGCCGUCCCUACAGACGCUGGAUUUCACAUCACGUAUGUUACAUGAUUGUCACUAAUCUAAUGACUUAAUAACUUUUGCUACAAUGUGAUUAAAGAGGCCACUUUGACCAGCUUCACAUUAAAAGGCCGUAAAUAAGAUUACACUAAAUAAUGUGUUUUGGUAUCAAACAUAAUUAACCUUUGUAUUGUAAAUUCUUUACAUAGCUGAAUGGUUCCUCUUUAACUGUGUUUAAUAGUAAAACGUUGCAAUGCUUCACACUUUAUCUGAUUCUUGCUCCUGUGAGUGUUGCUGGUCUGUUGCCAUCGUACUUACUGACCUGUGAUCAUCUAAUCAACUAAAUCCAGCUAUCAGUAUGAGCACUGAUGCUGGAUCUGUACUAGUGUGCUACGAUCAAUACUUUGUUUCCAAGUCCAGCAUGCAGCUCACUGAACUGUGUUAAGUCAGUCAUUUCUUUGGAAAUAAAAAAUGUACGCCACGCAGUCACUAUAAAAAUAUCUUUUUCAUGUUGGUUGUCACGUUUGUUUUAUUUAAAUCUAAUCAACAGAAGCUGACCCGACGAGACACAGGGACAUUUACACUCAGGUCUACAAAAAGCAGUUUCAAAAUAAAAGCUGAAAGUAUGCAAAUGAAUGAUGACUGAUCUCAUGACACAGUGUUCUUCCCCACAGAAGCUACAUUUGUGGGUUAAAGUAUCAGUAUUGGCAUCGAUGCUUAUAAUUGGCCGUGUAUUUACCUGGUAUCACAUCAGUGCCAACGUUUGCAGCAUCACACACAACUGUCUUACUGAGCUGGUCCUGCUGAUCAUUUGAAAUGAUCUGAGAGCAGUUACUCAGGCCUGCACCUGAGCGUUACUGCCCUGGUUGGGCCCAAGGUGACGCUGACAUUUAUCUAUUCUGUGUCUACAGUUUCCUGAGCUUUCACAUGUAAGUGUACGAUGUUGAACAGCUUUCUUUAUUCACUCUUACCCUGUAUGUGAGUCCAGAACUCUGGGCAUGACACUAACCUGUGCCUACAUCUUAAAUCUGAGUAUCUUGGUCGAAUAAAGACUGAACAGAAAAGUUCUGAAGUGCGUUUUCGGUCUUUGGUGUUCAGCCCUCGUGUUUUUGAAUGUGUCCUGAUGGCUUUAAAUUUAGAAAAACUCUUAGAAUGAAAAGCAAAUAAUUCAUAAUUCCCAAAAACAUCCCAAAAGCAAACUGAGACAUUUAAUAUUUCCUCAAUAUUUCUGACUCAUUUUAAAUUUGAUUUCAGCAACACGUCUUAAAAUUGACUUGAGGGGAAAAAAAGGCUGAAAAAAAGAGGUGGAGCAGCAGCUGA